GAAAGCAGGCGCUCACGCGGCUGCGCGACGAGCUCACCACGGAGAUCCGCGCCGCUCUGUCGACGCCGACCAGCGACAUCUUCUGGAAGGAAGGUGCGACGGCCGGCGGCGAGAAGGAGGCGUUCGGUGACGACGACCUGAAGUCGGAGGGCCUCUGGGCCGCCGUCGCGACCGUCCAGGUGGCGGUGGUCGGCCUUAGGGGGCUGCGCGCGGCGCAGAUCAAGCGCGAGAAGAACCCCAAGAUCCGGGCGUUGGAGCGUGACCUCGCGACGCGCGUCGUGGCGCUGACCGAGGCCGAGGACGGGGCCGGCGUCAAGUACUUGUGCCAGCUCAGUGUCGACGGGGGCCUGAGCAACGUGGCGGACAAAGCCAAGGCGCUGAAAGCCGACCGAGAUGGCGGUGGAGUGAGAUCGGCUCGGUAG